CCUCUAGAUGCGAAAAAGGGUAAAGAAGGGGAGAGAAAAGGGAAGGGAGUGAGGAGGCCCUUUCAGGUUCAGCUGGGUAUUAAUUUUAGUUUAGCCUGGGCCAUUUUUAAGGGGGGGGGGAUAAACCUACAUCUUGGGAGGCAGAAGAGAGUGCCAUAAAAGCCUCAGGAUCUGAAGCCUAUUCAUGGCCCCCUGGAAAUGGGAGAGAGAAUGUAAUGGGACCCAUAAAAAGAGGCCAAGGGGGUCCCUUCCUUGCCUUACAUUUCCCAAGGGCUGAGAAAGAGGAUAUAUCUCUUUUGGAUCUUUACAGUGGUCAGUUGUUAAAGCAAAACAUCUCCCUGCCCAAAGUCAGUUUCUCUGGGUUCAAAACUCCCUCUGAGGAGAAAUGCCUUUUGUUAUAUGUGCAUCAGCCAAGACUCUUGCUUUAAGGACUAUGUCCCCAGUAUUUUCCCUUGAGGAAGGAUCUGACAGCAGGGAGAAGAGCCUCAUUGGCUAUCUUGGAAACUGCCUAGGAGCACCAAUCAAAGAUGGAAAAGAAAGGUUCAGCUGGCCCGGAGUUAGAAAAAGGUCUUCCAAGUCUUCCAGCUGGGAACUGUGGGGAAUUCGGCAGAGCAUCCAGACAGAAGAGCCUGACAGAAGACAUGUCCCAUUCAGAUGUACAGCAGGAGCAUUUCAAGCAGUUCUGCUACAAGGAGGCUGAGGGCCCCCGAGAGAUUUGCAGCCAACUGCACACUCUUUGCCAUCAGUGGCUGAAGCCAGAGAGGCACACCAAAGCCCAGAUCCUGGACCUGGUGAUCCUGGACCAGUUCCUGGCUGUCCUUCCUCCAGAGAUGGCAAACUGGAUCAGGGAAUGUGGAGCAGAGACCAGUUCCCAGGCGGUGGCCCUGGCUGAAGGCUUUCUCCUGAGCCAGGCAGAACAGGAAAAUCACCAGGAGCUUAAUGUGGAAGGGGCUGGUGGCUUUCCUGUAGCAGAGAAGGCUCUCUCAGAUUCUGGAAGGAGAGAGCAGUGCCGAUGGAUGCAACAGCGGGAUGAGAGAAACACCACCAAGAUGGGCAAUGAAAUGCAGCCAUGGCCAAAAUGUCACAGCUCAUCUCUUCCAUUUGAUGCAUCAAGAGCAGUUUCUGUGUGCCUGGAUCAGGUGACCUUUGAGGAGGUGGCUGUGCAUUUCAGUGAGGAGGAGUGGGCCCUGAUGAAUCCAGACCAAAGGACCCUGCAUAGAGAAGUCAUGGAGGACAAUUUGAAGACUGUGGCUUCCCUGGGAUGUGAUGUCAAAGGGAAUGAAAAACAAAUCACGGCUUUGGUGAAAAGAGCCAGGUGUAAGAAGAUGGAAGAGAAAAGAACCAGAACAGAUAAAGAGAGUAGGGGAGACAAAUCCACUACUUUUCCUGGUGGUGAGAUUUUAGGAAUCUCAGUCCAAAUAAAAACACAAAGACCAAAAGAAAAAAAUGAAUGUCUUGUAUGUAGGAGAAGCUUCAGCUGUAAAGCAAGUCUUAAUCUUAACAGGAAUAUUCACAUUGGGGAGAAAUCUUUUAAGGAUAUUGAGACUAGAAAGACUAACAGUUAUAGGAAAAAGCUAAUUUCCCAUGAAACAUCUCAAAUAACAGAGAAAAUAUUUAAAUGUUUGAAAUGUGGCCAGAGUUUCACGUGUAGUAGGUCACAGUUUAUGUCACAUCAACGAUUGCACUCAGGAGAGAAAUCAAUAAUAAGCUUGGAGUAUGGAAAGAACCCAAGUCAGAAGACACACCAGACUUAUGAAGCGGGACAUACAGGUAAGAAACUUUUUGAAUGCUCUGACUGUGGAGAGAGCUUCAUUUGGAAGAGAAGCCUCAUUGAUCAUCAAGUAACUCACCCACAGAAGAAGCCAUUUAAAUGCUUGGUAUGUGGAAAGAGCUUCAGGUUGAAGACAAGCUUCAAUUAUCAUCAGUUAACUCACACAGAGGAAAAACAGUUUAAAUGCUUGGAGUGUGGAAAGAGCUUCAUGUUGAAGACAAGUUUCAUUCAUCAUCAAGCAGUUCACACAGGGGAGAAGCAAUUUAAAUGCUUGGAGUGUGGGAAGAGCUUCAGUUGGAAGAGAAGCUUUAUUCGUCAUCAAGUAUCUCACACAGGAGAGAAACCAUUUAAGUGUUUGGAGUGUGGAAAGAGUUUCAAUCAGAAGGCCCACCUAACUUCUCAUCAUGUAGUUCACACAGGGGAGAAACCAUUUAAAUGUGUGGAAUGUGGAAAGACAUUCAGUCGAAAGGAACAUCUCACUUCACAUCAAGUAAUUCAUGGAGAGGAGAAACCUUUUAAAUGCUUGGAGUGUGGAAGAAGCUUCAAUAGGAAGACAGGUCUCAUUUAUCAUCAAAUAAGUCACACAGGCGAGAAACCAUUUAAAUGCUUGGAUUGUGGAAAGAGUUUCAAACGGAAGACACAGCUCAAUUAUCAUCAAGCAUUUUCCUGUCAUUAAACAACCCACUCAGGAGAGAAGACAAUUUUGUGAGAUUGCAUCAUUAUUAUUUUUAUAGUUUAAUGGGAUAAAUGCCACCUCUGAAUGGUUUUUUAAAAUCGGUAUUUCUUUGGAAGGAGUUGAAAUUGAUUUGUAUGUUGGGAAAGUCCAAAUUUUCUCCAGUUCUUAUCUGAAAAGAUUUUUUUAACAUUUGAUUCCCAUAUUUGUCCUUUUUGAGGGUCAAAUGACUCAUUGAUGAUUGUAUAUAAGUUUGAAAUUAACCAUCUUAUCUUGAGAAAAUCAUUUGUACAUGAAAUUUCAUAUGGAGUUAAAGCUCUCAACAUUCUCAAUUAUCUUUCUAUCUAUCCAUCCAGCAUGCGUGCAAAUGCACAGACAUAGGCAAUUUGAAGUCAGGAUGGUCUGAAUUCUUCUAAUUUUUCCUGUAAUUUAAUAGCUCUAAAGGCUUCACUACUACUUUACUACUACUACUAUAAAUGCUCUUUACUGGUAAAGAGAUAUUUUGUUUAUUCUAUACACACCUGCUUGUUUCAUCUGGUAAAAAGUUUACCGUUAAGUUUUGAAAUUUGAAUGUUCUUCAAAAAUGUAGUGGUGGAGCAGCAAUUUUUUAUGCUUUUGUGAAAUGGCUGACAUUUCCCCUGUAAAUGAUUGAAUAAUAUAAAAUGGUGUUUAUCAAUAUUAGACGAAAAGAAAUAAAGGAUUUGGAGCUUUCUAUA